AUGGAUAAGAGGGAUGAUGAUGUUGAUGAUGAUGAUGGGGAGUAUGGGUAUGAUUUUGAUGGUGAUGUCGGUUUUGACGUUGGAUUCGAUGUCUAUGACGAUGACAGUCUCGAAGUCUAUGAUGAUAGCGAUGAUGUUGCACCAGCACCGGAGAUGCACAAGAGAUACUCCAUGCCUGAUAUCGACCUCCUCCCCGCCUCAACAGACAUUAUCCACACCGACGGCAUGUGCAGCAAGAGAACAUGCAAGGGAUGCUGCUGGCAGAAUGUCUGCAUGGCCAAGUGUCCUCGGGGUGAACAGGAUGAGGUUGUCAACAACGGUGAUGAAGAAUCCGAAGAAACUUCUCUUGACCUCGUGGACUGGAAUCUCCCGCAGGUGGUCUGCAGCCGAACAGCCCCGUGCAAGAUUGGAUGCUGCUGGCAUGGGCUGUGUUGGGGGUUGUGUCGAUGGACAGGUAAUUAG